AUGCCUGGCUCCUGGCACUGGAAGAAGCACCUGGGCGAGCGUGGCACGGACGCCUCUCCACCCUGCCAGCCGCAGCUGGGGUUCUCGUGGAAGCGCCUAGCUCCGGAGGGGCGCACGCAGGAAGGACCCCAGCUGUGCUCUGCAUGGCCCUGCCAGGUUCAGAAAGGCCCAGCAGAGAAGGCAGGCUGCCCUGUGCCAGCCCAGAGCUGA